AUGAAAUUAUUUUUGAAAAAGGGUAAUAAUUUAAGCCGAAAGGAAAUUAGAAAAUUGGCUAGGAAACAGAUAAAGAAAAACAAACUUUUGUAUUCCAAGAAAAAAAGAAAAAAUUCAUCUUUGAAAAAAGAAAAAAAAAAAGUCUCCUUCUCAAAUAAUGAUAAAAUUAUAAUUAAUAAGAACUAUGAAUCAAAUACAAAUCAAUUUUUAUCAGAUACAGAUAAGAAUUUGAUAAAAAAAAAUAAAUCUGUAAAAAAUUCAAAAGAAACGAAAAAAAUAAAACUAAACGAUAAUUCGAAUAAAUCAUUUAAUUAUUUUAAUAAUAAAAGAAAUUAUUUAGAAGAACAAGAAAAAGACGAUUACUUAUUGUCGUAUUUAUCGAAAAAAUUGAAAAUUAAAAAUGAGGAUGGAAGUAAUAAAAAAAAUGAAGAUAAACUUAUAAAAGAAUUAGAAAAGGAUGGAUUUGAUACAAGCUUGUUAAAGUUGGCUGAUAUAAUAUUUAAUGAAUCUCAAAAUUUUUUAACAAAAAACAAAAUUCAAAAAGGUAAAGACGAUGAAUAUAAUGAAGAUGGUGAAUAUAAUGAAGAUGGUGAAUAUAAUGAAGAUGGUGAAUAUAAUGAAGAUGAUGAAUAUAAUGAAGAUGAUGAAUGUAAUGAAGAUGAUGAAUAUAAUGACGAUGGUGAAUAUAAUGAAGAUAAUCUAAGUCAAGAUAACGAAAAGGUAAAUAAUAAAAAUGUUCAUAAUAUAUUAAGUGGCAAAGAAAAUGAACAGCCUUACAAUAAAUUACAAGAUGAUAAUAUAGAUAAUGUUAAAGAUAAGGAAGAAAUAAAAAAAAAAAAAAAAAAAAAAAAAGACAAAAAAAAAAAGAAAAAAUUAGACAAACAUUCUUCAGAUAAUAAUAUAAUUAAUGAUAACUCCAUUGUUGAGAUAAAAAAAAAAAAAAAAGUUUCAUUUAAUUAUGAAAAUGAUAUAAAGAAAAUGGAAAAGUUUCUCAUGAGUUCUUUAAAUAAAACAUCCGAAUUUAAUAUAAAAAGUAUUAUUGAUGAUAUAUGUAAAUAUUUUCAUGAUAUAGAUAAUGUAAAAUUAAAAUUAUGUUAUAAUGAUAUUUUAAUAAAACAAAUAUCAACAUAUUUUAAGAAUGUGAAUACAACAGAUAUACAUAUAUGUAUGUGUGUUGUUAUUAUAUGUGUCUUAAAUAAUUUAUUAUGUCAAAACAUAUUAUAUGACUUUUUAAAAGAUUUGACAGCUAUAUUUAAAUAUUAUUUUGAAGAUAACGUAAAUUUAAUGAAGAUAGUAGAAAGGGAAAAUGAAAUGAACAAUAAAAUAGAAACACAUUCCAUAAAUAGUAUAAAUGACACAUAUCUUUUAAAUAGGGAAAAUGAAAAUAAUAUGUUAUCAAAUGCACAAGGAGACAAUUAUAAAAUAAGCCCAAAAGAACAUGAAAAAUAUCAAGACUUUAAAAUUUUAUUCAGAAAUUUAUUAAAAUGUUUUAGUUUAUUUUACGCUUUGAGUUAUAUCGAAUUUGAUUUCAUAAUAGACAUUAUUAAUAUAUUAUGUGAACAUAUGAGCAUAAAUAAUGUAGAUAAUAUAAUUAUUGUUUUAAAAAUAUGUGGAAUGAAAUUAAAAGAAGAGGAUGAUAAUAUACAUUUAAAACAUAUAUCGGAAUAUUUAAAAAAGCAAAUUGAACAAUAUAUUGAAUGUAAUAAUAUUCUUCUUGAAAAGAGUAAGCUUCGGUUUUUAAUUAAAGAUAUUGAAGAUUUAGAAAAUGGGAAAAUGAAAUUUCAUUUUUUAAAUAAAUUCGAAUUUUUAUUUAGUGUCUUAAAAGAAUAUGAAAAUAAAUAUGUAUAUAAAAAAACUAUUAUAUCAUUUUCGUUUAUAAAAGUUUUUAAUACUAUAUCAGUAGAAAAUAUCCAUGACGACAAAAAAAGAGGGAAACAAAAAAACAAAAAUAAAAAUAAAAAUAUAUGUAACGAUUUAUAUACAAAUAUAUUAAAUAAUCAAUUUCAUGAUAUAGAAAAUAAAACAAAAAUUAAUAAAUUAAAUUAUUUAAUAGAUCAAGAACAAUUUAAUGAAGUACAUUUUAAUAAAUUACUUAAAAAAUAUAAAAUUCAAGGGAUAUUACCAAAAAAAAUAUUUUUAAUUAUUAAAAAUAGUUUAGAUGUAGAUGAAUGUGUCCAUAAUUUAUUAGCACUAUUAAAGAAAAAGAAAAAUAUUCCGCAUGUUAUUCAAACUAUAAUACAAAUAAUUUUAUAUAAUAAAAAUUAUAAAGAAUCAUAUGCAAAACUUUUAAGUAAUCUAUCUCAUGUCAAUAAUAGAGUUUAUACAUUUAGUUUAAAAACAAUUUUUAUUAAUUACAUAAAAAAUAUAUCUAAUAUGGAUAUAAAAAAUGUUCUCUUUUUGAGUAAAUUGUUUACCUACUUGUUAAAAGAGAAAUUAAUAAACUUUCUAAUUUUUAAACAUAUCAAAAUUGAAGAAAUGAAAAAUCAAGAAAAAAUAAAUCAUGAAAUAGAUCAACAUACAAGUACAAAUUCUAAUAUAUUCUUUUUUUUAAAAACUGUUUUUAUUUUAAUAUCACUUGAUCAUCAAAAGGAAGAUAAGUUAAAAAAUAAAAAUGUUUGGACUAAUAUUUUACACAUCUUAUAUAAUCAAAAGUUGAGUACUUCCUUAAUUUAUUCUUUUAAAAAUAUAAUUAAAAAGUAUAUAUUUGAUGAAGUAAAAAAUAUACAGAAAGUUUAUCCAAAAUUUAAUAUGAAAUAUAUUGAUCAUUUUUAUAAAUUUUUAGAAAAACUACAAAUAUUACAAUAA